GUCCACGAAUCGAUAAGCUAAUGCCGUAACUUUCUUCCCUUUUUCUUUGUUAUCCUGCCUCCCAAUUAUCUGAGUAAUGCAGUUUAUUAGUGUAAAGCUGCCGAGUAAGAGAGUCGUUCAUCAUUUCUACCUCGGCCGCCCUUUGUCCCAUCCAUCUGACUAGUCUCUCUAGUCUCUUCAAUAUUUGAUAUUUCCCUUUGCUUUCCUGUUCCGUCGUCUUUGGUUUCUUCAAAUUCAUCUUUGUUGUAUAAUUUUCUUUGUUGUUUUUUUGUUUGCGGGAGGGGAGGGUUUCCCUCGCUUUCUCUCCUUGUUAUUUUCUCGCACUCGCACCAAUUACCACGCGUAUAUAGAAAAGGAGAGAGGUCCAGAUCAGGUGCUACAUUUUGGCAGUUUGUCCUCUUUCCCCACCCAAAAUCAAUUCCUCAUCCAAUCCAACUUGGGGAACGAAACCACCAUAGCCAGCCUUCCUUUGCCCUCCCUGAUUUCCGGGAGCGAUUGCGCUAACGGUGGCCGGCGAUUUUGUUCCAAUCCUAGCUAUCGCCGAUGAUCAUACUACUCUCGCCGCGCUUUCAUCAUUGACUUUUCUUGCCGCCUCUCUACCUAGAUUAAUUGAUUGAUCGCUCGCUCGCUCGCGUUGGGGUUAGGGUUUUCGUUCCUUGGAUCGUUCGUUCUCUUUCCUUCUUUCGUAAGGAAGGGAAAAGGGAAAAGGGGAGGGAAAGGGAAAGGGGCAAAAGGACGGAGGAAGUCUUUCAUCGAAGAAUCACAACCAGACAGCUACUCCACGGAGUUCCGGUUUCGAAGAAGGUAAUCUCAUCGUCUCCUCCCUCUUUCAUUCUUUUUGUUCUUGUACAGUGUACACCUUGUUCAUUUUUUCCUUGUUUGAAUUGGAAUUCCCCAUUAAGAGUGAUAUCAUCCAACUCACCUUGUUUACAAAAGGGUUAGGGCAUCCCGUCUCAUGGAAUCUUCCGGCGGUAAUUCCGACCCCUAUAGAGUCUCUUCCGGAGGAACUACCACCAGCGGCGGAAAUUCCCGCAGAUAUGGACUGCUCUCCGCAUCCAGCAUCAUCCAGGCUCCCAUUUCAGCUCUCCUUGAGUACUCUGGCCUCCUCCGCACCUCUAGGUCAACCCUCUCCGACUCUGACUCCUUGAUACCCGCCGCUUCCUCUACUCCACCACAGCUUUCUCCACCCGGAACCGGAGGUGCUUUGCCUCCCUCUCUCUCUCGGGAUCAUCUCCAUCGCCUUGAUGAUCCUGCCUCGUCCCCUCCAGGCACCAAUGGUGAGGUCUCCAUUCGGAUUAUAGGCGCCGGUGACCAUCACGACUCUGACAGAGAGGCCUCCUCCCUCCUCCUACCAGAGCAGCAGCUCCCUUCUUCUCAGUCCGAUGCCCAACAUCACCAGCUUCUCUCCGGAAUCACCUCGGACCUGCACACUGAUUCCAGACCCGAUCGCCCCUCUCCCGAAGUUUCUCCCCACCACACUUCUAACACAAGCACGGACGGAGAAGCCUCUGAUGCAGCUGGUCCUAACGGCAGGGAUUCCUCUUACCAGCGAUAUGAUAUCCAGCAAGCUGCCAGAUGGAUUGAGCAGAUUCUUCCCUUCUCUUUGCUUCUUUUGGUCGUUUUCAUCCGCCAGCACUUGCAAGGUUUCUUUGUCACCAUUUGGAUUGCGGUCGUCAUGUUCAAAUCCAAUGACAUUCUUCGGAAACAGACAGCUCUGAAGGGCGAGAGGAAAAUCUCUGUGUUAGCUGCCAUUGCCUUGGCAUUCACACUCCAUGUUGUUGGUGUUUAUUGGUGGUAUCAGAAUGAUGAUCUUCUCUACCCUUUGUUUAUGCUUCCACCAAAAUCUAUACCACCUUUUUGGCACGCUGUUUUCAUCAUCAUGGUGAACGAUACUCUGGUGAGGCAGGGUGCAAUGGUGCUCAAAUGCUUUAUUUUGAUGUACUACAAGAAUAGUAGAGGGCGAAAUUAUCGUAGACAGGGCCAAAUGCUAACUUUGGUUGAAUACUUGAUGCUCCUGUAUCGUGCUCUGCUGCCUACGCCAGUGUGGUACCGCUUCUUUCUGAACAAGGAGUACGGUAGCCUCUUUUCCUCAUUAAUGACCGGGCUCUACUUAACUUUCAAGCUAACAUCUGUUGUGGAAAAGGUUCAAUCUUUCUUUGCUGCCCUGAAGGCGUUGUCUCGCAAAGAGGUGCAUUAUGGUGCUUAUGCAACAUCUGAGCAGGUUAAUGCGGCUGGGGAUUUGUGUGCUAUAUGCCAGGAGAAGAUGCAUGCCCCUAUUCUGCUUCGCUGUAAGCACAUUUUUUGUGAGGAUUGUGUGUCAGAAUGGUUUGAAAGGGAAAGGACAUGCCCGUUGUGCAGGGCUACGGUGAAGCCUGCAGAUCUGAGGUCAUUUGGAGAUGGAUCAACCAGUUUGUUCUUCCAGAUAUUCUAGUAGAAGUACUGCUGUAAAGAAAGGAAAUCUAAUCCAGGAUGAUAUCUCCUCUUCCUUUUCUGAACACAUUUUCCUUGUUUUUUGUUUUUGUUUUUGUUUUUGUUUCUUUGUUUGGGGGAUCUCCUUCCUUGUGAAGAAAAGGAAGGAGGGGUCACUCACUUGGCGCUGGGGCUGCCUGCAAAUGCGCUCUGCUACUGUUAUGUGAGUAACAUAUCAAUAGGGGUUGAAGAGACGGGAUUAGAAAGAGAACGGGGAUGCUAAUACUUCGCCUCCCCUCGCACCGACAGGGCCCAGGGGGGUUGAUCGCAGGAGAAUGUGAUUGUGAGUUGCUAUUGAUGUUGUACGGCGGACAGGAUGGAAAUGUUUUUUCCCCCCUUAUCUUACUUAGUACAGGCCAAUGAGAACUGAGAAGCCCCUUUUAUGACAGUAGGAGAUGGUGUAAGUGUAACUCCAAAGACGCUGGAUGUCGAUGGUUAUAAAUUUGAAAGAAAAAAAAAAGAAAUUUCCAUGUGACCUCUCUUUUCAAUGUAUACUGGAAUCGAUACCCGUGGCUAGGGCAAGUAAUAUUGAAAGACAUAAAAAUUAUAUGCAUUU